GCCUUCGGAGGGCGGAGCCGAGAGAGACGCGGAGAGGGAGAGGGAGAGAGAAAGAGACUGAGGUGAGUCGCGCGGCUGGGCGGGCAGUGAGGAGAAGCUUCGGUCGCUCUCGUUCGUUCUGCCGGCCACCAUGUUCCAAGGACCCGAGUCCGACCCGUCCAGAUCCAGCUCCAGGGUGCUGCAGCCACCAGGUGGACUGUCCAGCGAUCUCUUUGGAAGUGCAGAAGUGUCCUCCUCUUCCAAGACACAGAAAAUGGCCUCUAACAUAUUUGCAGCAGCUGAAGAACCCAUGAAUUUCCCAAAGAGAACAAAUCCCCCAGGUGGGAAAGACAGCGGCAUUUUUGAGGAUCAUAAACCGAAUGCAUCCCGGCAAUUUAUAAACCCACCUGGAGGGAAAACAAGCAAUAUCUUUGGCACCCCAUCCCCUCUCAGUGCCGUCAAAGCACAUCCGAAUAAGCCCAAGGAUCACUCCUUUCUCUUUAAGGAUAGAGGAGAUUCACCACGGGAAACAAAAGUUCCAGAAGACCAAAGACCACAGAGAGAAGAGUUGAGUGAGAAGAAGGACCUGCCGAAGGAAAUCCCCAAAGACCCUGGCCCCAAGAUAGACGAUCACGAGCCCAGGCUGGGACCACGGCCGCGUUCUCACAACAAAGUCCUCAACCCGCCGGGAGGCAAAUCUAGCAUUGCAUUCUAUUAGGGAAGAGACACACACACACACACCACACACACACCUUCCCCAAUGUCUUAAGCGUUCAUUAUCCGAAUAUUUUUUUAGUGCUUGAAGGAGGGAGGCACUUAGUCGUUUGGCUUAUUUAGUCCACGGCAGCCAUCAUCAUAAGCCUUUUGGGUGUUCGUUUGUAAGACAGGGAUGAGCCCUGAGCUCCUUCCUUCCCUCUGCAUUCUGAACACGGUGAAGGAAGACUCCCUGAGAUGGAUUGCAGAACACAUUCCAAUUAAGGUGCGAGACCCAUUUUUGGUCUGCCAGCUAGGCCUCAAGUAGAUUUCCCUCUGUGUUUGUAAAGAAGGGAGACUGCUCCUCUAUGCCCUGGAAAAGAGAGUCCCUUGAUUGUCAUCUUGCAGAAAAGCGAAAGGAGCAAAUCGGUUUUUGAUAUAAAUUGUAGUUGAAAUAAAUCAUGCACAAAUCCCUUUCUGGGAGAGAUUUAGAAGCUUCGCUUUGUGGCACUCCUCUUUUGACCAUUUGGGCAUAACUUCAUGGUGAGCAGCGCAUUAAAAAAAAAAAGUCUGUUGAGAGAACGAAGCCAAACCACUUAAGUUUAAAAUUAGAGCCUGAAUCCUCUCCAAGGAGGCAGUUCAGAAGCUAGUGACUAACUCUCUCCUUCAUCACUAACCUCCCGUCACAAGGUAUUAUGCCUGAAGAUUUUAACUUUUCAUUUAGGCCGCAAACUGCUGCUGCUGCUGCUUGCAGAAAAGUUCUCUUUCUAAUUUAUGCUGACUCUUAGUCUGCUCUCCUUGUUGCUCUUUGGUUCCCUUUCGUGACUUUUCUCUCCCCUUAGCUAGGCCUUUCCAUGCAGAGGCAGCUCCUUUACCCUUAGCCACAUGAGGCACUGCCCGUUUUGUUUUUCAAGCACUUGGGCUCAUCUUUCACUCCCUCUGCCAAUAGUGGGGUGGGGGGCAAGACUGUGGGGCCCACCAGUUCUUGUAGGGGCAGGCAGUGACUAAAGAGGCGGGCCCAGAGUAACGGAAGAACCUUAACUACGGUGGUCUCAUAACGCACAUAUCUCUUCCUGUGCUUUCCAGGAACAAUUCUUCAUUUUAUUAUAUAUUUCAUCUCUUCCCUCAGCACCACCUAUACCAACUUCAAACAUUGCGUAGUGCCAAUUCAUGUGACCUCACAGAUCCUGAACACUGGGAGUGGGAGUGUUUCCUCCAACCUUGGCCACUUUGAGACUUGUGGGCUUCAACUCCCAGAAUUCCUCAGCCAACCAUGCUGCCUGAGGAAUUCUGGGAGAGGGUAAGUCCACAAAUCAUAAAGUUAUUAGCUGAGGCUGGAGACCCCCCCCCCCUGCUGAACACCACUCCCCAAAUGGCCCACCCGGGUGUUCUUCUAACAAUAGAAAGCUUGAAAAACCAAGUUGUUGAAAGUCCUUUCUUGGAAGAAUGUAAGUAUGAAAGCUUUCUUUGGAAAAAAAAUAAUUUCUGUAAGAAGUCACUUAUUCUGUAGUUCCUGGAAACCAGAGAGCUUCUAAGUUUAUCAACUGAACACAUAACAUCUCUGUGCCUUUUAACUUGCAAGAGAGUAUUUAAACAGCCUUUCGUUGCUAUAGCCCAGUGAUGGCGAACUUUUUCGGCACUGACUGCCCAAAUGGAACACCAGAAUCCUGAAGACCAGCUGGCCGGAGCACACAUGCCUGUUUUUGGGUCGUUUUUCAGGCCAUAUUUUGAGCUGUUUUCAGGCACUCCAACACCCACAAAGACCAGCUGGCAAGGCGCACGUGCCCACAGAGAGGGCUCUGCAUGCCACCUUUUGGCCCAUGUGUCAUUGGUUCGCCAUCAUGGCUAUAGUCCUUAAACUGUGAAUAUCAACUUCCUGUGAAUUUUUAACCUGAUUCUUAGGAUGACCAAAGGCUGACCCUUGAGGUCUAUUUAUAACAGCUUAGCACCAUUGGGAAAGGGUCAAUCUUAGUUCUCGCACGUAUUCCAUUUUUAAACCUCAACGGGAAGCAUUCAAAGAUAUCUCUCAGUUGUAGAGAGUAUGAUGUCUGGAUAACUGGAAUGUCAUUUCUUUUAGUUUGCUUUACUAGUAAUGCUCUUCUAUCCCCAAUCACAGCUGUCUUGCCUUAACAUUUCCUACAAUCAUACGGUCUCAUCCCUGAGAACGUACCUUUUAAGUAUUAUGAAAAAGCAGCCUAUUUUGUAAUGUUUCAGUUAUCUGUUUCACAUUGGAACAAAAAUGAGUUGACCCCACCAGAAAGCAGCCCAGAUCCGCACUUAACACUCAAAUAUCCUUGUCCUGUAAUUCAAAGGACAUUCAAAAGCAAGCAAAGCCGCCUUUGAAUGGAUUUGUUAUUCGUGUCCACAAGAAGCUAUGAAAAAGAUCCAUCCCAAUAUACAAUCCAGCAUUCAUUGUUUAAAUCCCCAUUAGGGAAAGGCAAACUUAGAAAAUAAAAUCAAUUAUCCUCCUCCUUUCUCCUUACCAUAUUCACCUAUUUGGAUGGGGGUGUCUUUUCAACCGGUGUCUUACUGACAUCAUGUCUGCUUCUUUGCUAUGCAGAUGCAGCUCAGGGUAACAAAUCCCAAAGAGACAUAGGCAAAUUGGCAGCCAUUGGCUUAUUCUGGAAGAUUUCCCUGUGUGUGUAUUAAAUGUAAUACCUUACUGGAGAGGACAGAAGCAGGAGGGAGUUGCUAAUUAGUGAGAUGACUGCCAAGGGAGGGAGGGCUUGAAGGAGCAAGAUGCCUGCUUCCGAACCUGGGCCUAUUGAGAAACACUCUUUGGCCAGAAUUAGAACCUUGGUUAGGAUGGUUACGUUGAACAGAAUCGAGCUGGAAACGUCCAGCUAACAUCUCCAGGCACAAGCUAGAAGUAAGGACUAAUUUAGCUGACUAUUAGACCUGGCUCAAGACUCCUACUGGUCUCUCCUCUGUUGCUACCAGGACGUUUGCAAUAUACAAUGUUGGAUGGAUUUCACCUUGCACUGUUUCCCAUAAUUGCAGUGUGAGUUUGUGAAUAGAGAGAAGGGAAAAAGUCUGUCUUUUUGGAUGAAUGCUUUCUAGACCAGGGUGUCCAACUUGUGGCAAUUUUAAGACUUUUUGUGGGUUUCAACUCCCAGCUGGCUGGGUAAUUCGGAUAGUUGAAGUCGACGAGUCUUAAAAUUGGCCAACAUUGGGCUGGUCUAGAUCUGUUGUACGAGUAGUCCUAAUUUCUCAAUGUCAAAUGAUCAGAUCAUGGUGGUUUGCUUUGUUCCACUCCCUGAAAAUUUUCUGUUGGAAUUCAUCAACAUAUCAGAAAGCCAGUGACCUUUGUAGAAUAGCUUGCUCCAUCACGAUAUCACAAGUUCAUGGCAAAGUAUUUCUGAGGUGCCCUGUACCAGAAGUUGAAACAGUCCAGCAUUUUGAUAAACUCUGAACUAAACACUCAACCCGUGCUGAAACUCGGCACUGUUUAAUAUUUCUUGCCAGGUUCUCUCACACGGUUUGCACCCUUUCAAUACUAGGGAGAUAGGAAAACAAACGAACAGAAUGUAAACACUGCUUAGCUUUGUACGAAACAAGCGAUAUGAGAACAAUUGGCCAAUGUCCGCUUUUGGAUGCCAUUUGCAUAGGUCAUCACUACACUGGGUUGCAAAAUUUCAAAGGGGCGUUUUCACUAGUGCUUCUCUGUUAGCCUUUUUUUUUCCAGCUAAGCCUUAAGUUCUGAUGGAUGUAACUUUGUGCCUAUCAUUUUUUUUCUCGAGGGGUGGCUGAGGAUUACGCUAUGUGUCCAGACAGGUUUUUUUUUUUAAACAAAAACUACAUUAGGAGUUAAUAAUAACUCAAAUAUGUUGAUCAUGCUGUUUAAAAAAACAACUGUAUUUUGUUAGUCAAUUACAGUAGAACUGACGGAUUCUUCAAGUCUUUUUUUAAUCCCCUUAUAGCCUCAUGAGUUUUACAUGUACAAACUGAGAUAGUCUAAGCCCAAGGUGCCUCUCCUAAAAAAACAGUCAUUUCUUCCCAAGUGGCUGGUAAUCCAGAGAUUUUACUGUAACCAAACUAGCACACAAUAUAUCACAUGAUUGGUAAAUAAUGCGAUUGUUGGGGCAAAACAGAAGCAAGGUUUAUAAAAUUCCUUUUAUUUGUGCUAAUAGCCAUUGCGAGGUGGCACAAUCAUUAGCUAUGCAACCUUGACAUUCAACCCUUGAACUGACUGUUAGUGUCCACAGGCAACCCAUUCAUUCCCAAGACUUUUGUGAACAGGUUUAGGAUGCAAGCAGUUCCUUUUGUGCAAUUGACAAUCUGUACAGAGGAAUGAGAAGACUUUCCCGGUUCUUCCUUGUCAUAAAUGCAAAAAUAUUUUUUUUCUACUGAAAUGCCUUUAAGUCUUUCUUUGUAAUGGUGUUCAGGGAAAUAAUAAUUAACUUGAUUGAAUCCAUUUUGGUGCCAUUGUUUCUCACAUCAAUCUAUGCUGUCUGGUACAUCUGCAUUUUUUUUUAAAAAAAAUCAAUCCCUUUGUAACAUUACCACUAUCCCUUUUUCCCCACUCUAGUAUCCAAAUGUGAAGAGUGUUGCUAUUAAGACAAAUCAAGUUGUGUCCGUUGUUCUUUAUAUCAUUUGACAAUAAAAAAUAAUUAAGUUGGCA